GGGGCUUCCUGGAGCAGCGGGGAGGGCAGUGUCGGAACUUGGGUGCUGCACUCACCAGUGAUGUCUAGUUCCUAGGUGCAGGAGAGAGAGACGGAGACAGUGCUUACGAGCCCGGGGUUCCUCCGGAGAGAAACUGGUGCACGCUCGGGUUGCGUCGAGGACCUUCUACAGAGCCUCCACCCUGCAUCCUCACCAAAGGCCCAAAGGCCCACGAGUGGAAAGGUCAUUCCGACCGGGUCUUGGCGUCGGGGACAGUCAGCAUCGCGGACGCGGAAUAACAGAGGGAGACAGAGUUCGCCGGAGCCCCUAGCUGCCUGUUCUCGUAGGCCGAGGUGGAGCGAAGGCUCCAUCCUGGGGCAGUGUAGGCCCAUCACACCGCGCUCUUCGUGCUUUGGAGAAGACCCCCUACCUCUCUCAAACUCGAGGUCCCAACACUGCAGAAGCUCAUACUGCGUCCAUUUGAAGAACGACCCCGAAAGUCAGAAAAGUGUUACAUGUAGACACAUGUGGCCCCCUUGCCCGGAUGUUUGACCUACAGCAGGAGCCGGCUACCUUCAGGUUGGACGUGGAUGGACCCAGCCUGGGAUGGAUCCCAGGGUUCUCGACCAGGCACAGCUAGUAUCCGGGUACGGGAGCUGAGCUGGCAGGGCCUAAACAAUCCCCACCCACAAAACAAGAGACUGGGCAGCCAUGGGGAUAUCCACAGGGAGCGGCGGGUGGAGGAGCGCCUGUCCCCUGCUCGACUGCAGGCCCUGGCCCAGGUAGAUGACCUCCAACUGGUGAGGGUGCUGGAGAUGUGUGUGGACACCCGUAAGAACAGCCUGGGGAACUUCGGAUUGCACCUCCCUAACCUGAUGCAACUGAAGCUGAACCACAGCUACCUGGGCUCCCUCAGAGACCUGGGCACUUCUCUGGGCCACCUGCAGGUGCUGUGGCUGGCUCGAUGCGGCCUGACUGACUUGGAUGGCAUUGGCUCCUUCUUGGAACUGAAGGAACUGUAUGUCUCCUACAACAACAUCUCAGACCUGAGCCCACUGUGCCUGCUCGAGCAGCUGGAGGUGCUGGACCUUGAGGGCAACAAUGUGGAGGACCUGGGGCAGAUGCGGUACCUGCAGCUGUGCCCACGCUUGGCCACGCUCACACUGGAGGGGAAUCUGGUGUGCUUGAAGCCAGAUCCUGGCCCUUCCAACAAGGCACCCCAGGACUACAACUACAGAGCAGAGGUAAAGAAGCUCAUCCCCCAGCUCCAUAUCCUAGAUGAGGUACCCACCACAUGUACCAACUUGCCUGCUCCCCAGAAGCUGAGCCAGGACUGGCUGAUGGUGAAGGAAGCCAUCAAGGAAGGCAGCGUGCUUGACAUUCUCCUCCCUCGGCUGGAUUGUCCCCAUGGAGCCACCAUUCGGAAAUUUGACCCAACCUUGCCUGUGCCUGAGACCCAGCCAUGGCCCUUGUCCCUGCUGGUCCCUGGGGGCCCCUUGCCUGAAGGUCUGCUUUCUGAGAACCCAGCCACAGAAGACCAUGCCAGCAACCUCACCCAUGGCCCUGGUCAAGUUCUCUGUGGGAACCCCACCAAAGGCCUUCGGGAACGUAGAAACCAGUACCAGGAAUGGGCACCCCUGGAACAGAUGCCCCCACAUAGGCCAGAUCCGGCCAUCAGACCCUCCACCCCAAGGCCUGACCCUGCAGAAAGCUGUGACCUGGCCAUGACUGGGCUUCGGGCCUGGAGGGAGCCUGGCCUGCGUCCUCUUCUCCAAAGACAGCUGGAGUUCCAGCAGGAAAGACCUGCUCAGGGCCAAGCCCAGGACCCACAGAAGGGUCCUGUAGAACAGGAAGACCAGACUGGACCCAAGACUUCCCUAACCCCGCCACGCCUGGUCUCAGAACUUUCCAGGACAUCAGGCUUUCACUUGAUCCCUUCUCCCCCAAAGUACCCAAUGCCACCUGAGUCAGGCAUCAUCAGCUCCUUGGGGAGAUCUGCAGACCUGCCCUUCAGAGGACGUAGGCUUAGAGUCCUGGGUAGCUUGGGCCCGAGCCUGGGUGAGGGGUCUGUCCUGGGUGAGAGGUUGGCUGCAGUGACUGCCUUGAGAGCCCUGGAGGUGUCCUCAGGCCCCAGCCAUCGAGCCCAGGGAUGUCCAGACCCAAAGCCAGCACUAGGUCCAGCAGCUUGCCCUCCAGGGCUCCACUGCCUUCAUCACCUGAACCCUAUCCCUCCAGCCCAUUCUCUCCCUUAGUGUAACCAUCCCUUGCUGACAUCUCUUGGCCUAGGUGGGGCCACAGUGAAGUAGGUGGAACUGGGGCUGGACCCUUUAGAUAUCCCAGGACUCUGGGUCAUCUAUAUGGCCCAAAUUCUGAGCCUGCUUAUCCUAGGGUUCAAAAUUGCACAAGCAUCCUGGGAAGAUUUGCAGGCUUCUUUAUGUGGGGAAGUUCCUUUCUGUUGGGACACCAUAUACUCUCUGUAAAAGCCAAGCGAAUCACUUUCAACUCUCAGGUAUGCAGAAAUGUGCUUUACUUUGUAAGCAAUGGUUGGUUCAAUAAAUUAUGAAGCUGUCACUGCC